CACGCCUCCGCAUUCACCUGAACCACUCACCUGCCUUUAGUCGCGCUCGAAACAGACACUCGCUCGUGCGCAGGACACCAUGCAGAGUUACGGGAUAAUUUCGACUUUUCAAUCCGGUUUAAACGGUUAAAAGAUGCGUUUGAGUGCUCUUUGACAACAAUUAAAAAGAUGACGGAGGAAGAUGAGCGAUAAAUACGCAGUUAUGAAUCCCUCAUCGUGUGUAUGACACUGACGUUAAGUCAGAGGGAGAGAGCGACGAGAGAGACGUCAAUAAACAAUGAGUGAGACUCCAUCCAGUAUGCAUCUGCACUCGUCAAAGGAGAUUGUGCUAUGGUUUAAGAGUCCUUACCAGUGAUCUUUGGGACUUAACGGAUCUAUGUAACCUCAAAAGAACACCGUCUUCAUUAUUGGCAUCAUCAUAAUCUAUUUGGAUAAUAUCCUUUUAGCUGUAGGAGAGGAUUUAAAAAGGAGCUGGACUCUUGCUGGAACAGUCUCAACAUUGCUUAUUUUUGUUGUCUUAAUGAAUUUAAUCCGACACACAGACAAAGGUGGAAGCUCUCCCUGCUGCACAGACCUAAACAACACCUGACAAGGAAACGAAAAAGAAAUAAAGUGUGUUUAUCAUGUAGACUGAGAGACAGACAGCCAGAAAAAGCAAAGUGACAAGUCGAUAGACGGCGAGAUCCAUCACAUUCCCACAGGUCGCAAUGCCAGACGAGUUACAAGGUUUUCAGGAAAAGGAUAUGCCUGGAGAAGAAGCACCACAGGUGUCUUUAGUGCCGAACAUUGUGGCCGUCUCCAGUGAUAGAGCGGGCAAAAUCCCUGUGAGCCAGUCAGGACUUGGUGAUUCCCAGGUUUUCGUAGAGUUUGGUGUGGCCAAAACAGCGCAGGCCACUAAACCUCUCAAGGCCAAUUCUUGGUUGAAGGGAACAGGUGUGACUCCGCAGGCUACGGAUCAUGAUGCUCCAAUCAACUCAUCCUCUGACAGGCUACAAACUGACAGCACCUCAUCGCAAACAAACAACUGCAUUGCGCUCGAUGGAAAGCCCUUUGAAAAGACGAAACCUAACACUCCUGUCAUUUUUUCUGAAACCAGUUUAGACACUUCUAACAAAAACACCAAGAAUAGUCCAGACGAUGAAAGAGGUGAUUCCAAAACAGACCUUACUGUUAAACCAAAAGCAGAAAACUCACUCAGCGGCAGUACGCCCGCACUCCCCGAAGUUUCAUUCAAAGUUGCCCAAACAAGGCAAAGCAUCGAUGUCAGGUGGGAUGACAAAUACGGAGACGAGGAUGGCUGUGAGGAAAGGCAAAGCAAUCGGUCCAGGCAGAGUGUGAAAGAGGGGGUGUGUUGCUGCUAUCAGGCGUUCCACAGGGCUUUUCUGCAGUGCGUGGAGGAGACUCCGGCCAUGCUGACAGGACUGGUGCUGUCUCUGGCUUUCUGUGUGACCCUCAUCGUCAUCAUUGCCACCACACGAAUGAACAUCAUUUUCCAUGUAGCUGCUCUGUCAGCGCUGUGUGUGGUUCUCUGCCUGAGUGCCAUCCUGCUCGUCUGCCUGCCCUGGCUGGCCACCUUGAGGCGCUGCGGAGGAGCCCUGGCCCUCUUCGUCUGGGGGACGCUGUAUGUCAUCGCCAUAGUCUUCAUGUUCACUGGGGGACCUGUCACUACUUGGGAACAAGUAGGGUUUUUCCUCUUCCUUUCUCUGAGUGUAUACACAGUGCUGCCUCUCUCUAUGGCCUGGGCCCUCAUGGUUGGGAUUGGGACCAGCAUUUCGCACAUCAUCAUCAUCAGCGUCUACGUCCCUGUCACGAGCCCAGAGACACCAGACAUGGCUGUGCAGCUGGUGGCAAAUGCAUUGCUGUUUGUGUGUGUGAACUGCGUCGGGAUUUUCCAUCUGUGGAUGACGGAGCACGAUCUCAGGAUAUCCAAUCGAAAGAGAGAAAAGUUCAGCAACAUACGCUCCCGGAAGGAAAUAAGGAAAUAUCAGCAGGAGCAGCUCCUCCUGUCUGUGUUGCCACGGUACAUCGCCAUGGAGCUGAAAACGGAGGUGAUAAAGAAGCUCUUCAAGCCCAAGUGCGAUGACGAGGAGUCCAACUCCAACAACUUUCACAGCCUCUAUGUCCGGAAACACAAAGACGUCAGCAUCCUGUAUGCAGACAUUGUGGGCUUCACAGAGCUGGCGAGUAGCUGCACACCAGAAGAGCUGGUCGCUGUGCUAAACAAGCUCUUUGGCAGAUUCGAUGACAUCGCCAAGAAGAAUGGGUGUCUUCGCAUUAAGAUCUUGGGUGACUGCUACUACUGUGUAUCUGGUCUACCUGACCCCAUUCCCACGCACGCCAGGAACUGUGUUCAGAUGGGGCUGGACAUGUGCACUGCAAUCAGUAAACUGCGAGAGGCGACGGGGGUCGAGAUCAGCAUGCGGGUGGGCGUUCACAGUGGAAACGUGCUCUGCGGUGUGAUUGGCUUGCAGAAGUGGCAGUACGACGUGUGGUCCCAUGACGUCACGUUAGCCAACCACAUGGAGUCUGGAGGUCUUCCUGGGCGAGUCCACAUCACAGAGGAGACAAUGCAGCACUUAAACGGAGCAUAUAUAGUGGAGAACGGGGAUGGGGGGAGUCGGGAUGCUCUUCUUAAAGGAAGAAAUACGUACCUGGUGAUGGACCCCUGCAAGCCGAACAGCAUUUCCAGUAUACCGAAAUCGGCAAACACUCUUAAAUCAGGAGAGACCAGGCUGCGGGCGUCAAUCCGGAUGUCUGAGUACCUGCAGUCCUGGCGGACUAUCCAUCCCUUCGCAGACCUAAGCGACCCUAAUGCCACACCCUCCAAGAAGAAAAAAGUCCCCACCAAUUUCGCCAUGAACCAAUCACAGCUGUCUGCAGAAGGACCACCUUGCCAGAACAACUCCGACUGUUUGGUUGUGGAUAAUAGUGUUAGGGGAUCACUGGGAUCACUGGACCCACUGAAUAAUGCAGGGAGGAGAGCAAAGAAGCUCAACUGUUUGACUCUGCUGUUCAACGACCUGAGCCUGGAGAGAGAGUUCCGCCUUUCGGAGGUAAAGGGUGUACACCAUUCAAUGAGCUGCAUAGCUUUGAUCUUCGUCACUCUUUUUGCCGUCCAAAUGCUUGUCUCUAAGAAUAACUUUGAGAUGGCAGUGUCGUACGGUGCAGCCUUCCCUGUGCUGGUGCUGCUUCUGUCCAUCGCUUUCACUGGAUACCUGGAGAAGUGGCGAUCAAAGAUGCCGUUGAAUGUUCAGUGGAUCUCGGGGCUGUCCCGUGGCGUCGCCACCAAGGCGGCGCUGCGUCUGUUUGUGGUCACUCUCUGUGUUCUCAUCACCCUGCUUAUGGCCAUCCUCAACUUUGUCUUCCUUCCGGGAAACAACUGCACAUCGAUUACCAACAGGACAGAGCUGGAGGGUCUCAAACUCUACACUGUGCCUUACUACCUCUACUGCUGCCUGUUGGCCAUGCUGGGAGUGAUCGUGUUCAUCAGGACAAGCAUGUCAGCGAAGGUCCUGCUGCUCACCCUGGCGGUGGUGGUUUACCUGGCCCUCUUCCUCUAUGUUUACGCACCGAGGUCCUACUGCCUCAUUAACCUGCUUUACAACAACACCCAACCAGGAGUGCUGAAGGACCCUCAGAUCAUGUCUGGGGUUUGGCUGGUCAUCUUUUACAUUGUAUGCCUCAUUCUGGCAAGACAGGACGAGCUGGGUUGCAGAGUAGACUUCCUGUUGGACCGCUGUUUCAAGACGGAGAGAGAGGAGAUGGAGACCAUGGAGAACGUCAACAAGCUCCUCCUUCAGAACGUCCUGCCGCUCCAUGUCGCCUCCUUCUUUAUGGGCAAAACUGUCCGCAACCAGGACCUGUACAGCCAGUCAUAUGACUGUGUGUGUGUGAUGUUCGCCUCGGUGCCUCAGUUCAAAGAAUUUUACAGCGAGAGCAGCGCCAACAGGGACGGUCUGGAGUGUUUGCGCUUCCUCAACGAGAUCAUAUCAGACUUUGAUGAGAUUCUCUCAAAGCCCAAAUUCUGUUCAGUGGAGAAGAUUAAGACUAUCGGCAGUACGUACAUGGCUGCUGCGGGGUUGAGACACGCUCCUCAACGGGACGAACAAAAGAAAGUGGAGGUGUCCUACAGCCAUGUGCGCUCCAUGGUGGAGUUUGCCAUCGCUCUGAUGGGCAAACUGGAGCUCAUCAACAUGCACUCUUUUAACAGCUUCAAACUACGGAUCGGAAUAAACCACGGUCCAGUGAUUGCAGGAGUGAUUGGAGCCAAUAAACCUCAGUAUGAUAUCUGGGGGAACUCUGUUAACGUGGCCAGCAGGAUGGACAGCACAGGAGUGUUGGACAAGAUACAGGUGACGGAGGAGACAGCCCAGAUUGUCGAGAGCGUGGGAUACACCGUCACUCUCAGAGGAGUAGUCAAAGUCAAGGGCAAAGGGGAACUCACCACCUACUUUAUUAACACGGACCAGUCGUCUCCUCACUUCUGACCUCCACAGUCAGAUGCUGCACAGAUCUAUCACUCAGACCUGGGUCCAAAUAUUAGCUGCAAAUGCUUGUUAGUGUUUGUUUAAAUGAACUUGGUGUACCAAAUUGGGUUGGUCUUAUGAACUAACCUGUCACUACCUGUAUUCAUCACAAACCUAUGCACUGACUUAAUGCUGAAACGAAGAUGUAUCACCUGCUAAUCAUUUACAUCCAUAUAGGAGCUGCCUUUGUCUUUUGGAUAAGACACUAAAUAAAAUCCUGACCGGUUAAAUGAAGACUACAAUUGAACUGAAAGCAGAGAGCUGUCUACUCAUGGACCAUUUAUUGGCAAACCAUGUUGCUUACUGUAUCUGUAUCUGUACUGUAUCUGGGUUAUCCUGUGAAACUAGAGUAGCACUUUUCACUGUAUUAUGACGUUUCUGAGAACAUAUCAUCUCAAAUUAUACUUUAUAGUAAUUUAUGAUUCAAAUAAGCAAAAAAACAUUUUAUUUUAGGUUGAAUUUUUUUUUUUUUAACUACAUUGUUACAAGUUACAAACAGCAUUUACGUUUUAGACAGUUUUUUUUUCCUUUCUUUCUUUAAAGUUAGUUUUUUAAUGGUAUUUGUUCUCUAUUCUAUGCUUGUAUUGUGAAAUCCUGGAUAUUUCUACUUAUUAAGCCCAUUGAAAAUUGUUCAAACUCAGUCAUAGUUUACAGGUUGUACACCCCAUGCAUAUAUGUACUGUAAACAUACAUAAAGUACACACUGUUUUAUUUUAUUUAAGGUGUCCCAAACCAAAAAACGUAAGUGACCAUUGGCCAAUGGUUUAAAUGCUCACCGCUGGUCCGGACCCGGAGAGAUUUAUUGCAGCCAUGUUGAUUUAAAUCAUGGUUUCUUUAUUGUUAUUAUUUAAAUUUUGCAUUGCACUUUCUAAUAUGUUCUUAUUUUUGAAAGGGAGUUCUGCAUUACAAUCUGAAUGUUGAUUGUGCACAGAAUACUUCUUUUCUUUAAAGUAUUUCUGUGAGGGAUGAUAUGAAGUGUGAAUAUAAAAAAGAGCUAGAGUAUGUUCAGUAUAGGGACAUUUUUUUUCUAUUCUAUUUAUAAAGUAAUUUAAAAAAAAAAAUACAA